CACGUUACAAAAUAUGGCUUGCUUGUUUGAAAAUCGAAAAUUCAUUGAAAACGCCGUACGCCACGUCCAAAGUACGCUAAACGUAAGCGGAGCGCAGGGAUUUGCUAGUGAUGACGAAGUGGUGGUGGAGGAUGGCUUUAGCAACAACAGCGCAGAAAAUAACACUAAAAUAUUCAUCUCGGGGUCAUAUAUUGGCAUAUUCAAGGAGGAUCUGAUCACGGUGACCGCCAUCGAACGUAUUACGCUCACAACCGUUAUGUCAUUAUUGCUGAUUAUUUCGGUAUGCGGCAACAUCUGCUCGUUGCGUGCGAACAUGCGACGACAACUCCGGCCGUUCUUUCGUGCUUGCCUCAUAUCGCUGGCGAUUAGCGAUUUGAUUAACACCACCUUCCUCACAACGGCCUAUUUGAGUCAAAUAUUACAGGAAUAUUCGCAGGUCUGGAUACUCGGACGCGGCAUGUGCCACGUGGUGCCAUCCAUCACCACUGCCGCGAUUUUGGUGAGCUCAAUAACGCUUGUCGGCAUAGCAAUGGAUCGUUAUUUUGCCGUUAUGCGUGCGGUAAUUAGUUUUUGGAAUCCGGGUGUCAUUUUCUGUGUGCUCAGCAUGCUCGCCUUAUGGGCAGCGGCCAUUGGCACAUCGUGGCCGGUGUUUGGUGUCUAUGAAUUAUACCCCGUUUACAUACUAACGCGGCAAUGGAUUGCUAUACCCAACACGAACAGCUCCACAAUUGCCAGUGCCGGCUCGGCUACUGUAACAACAGCAACAACUGCAACGGAAUCUCGCACAACUAUGCCCACUUUAUAUGAAACCUCUGCCGAAACAGUAACAAAAAGCCCUUGGGAACAACAGACGGCCAACAACAAUCAGUCUUAUGCCAUGCUGAUGACGUCUGAGCUGGUGAUGAUGUGCAUAUCCAAUAAGUCAUCUAUCGCCAAGUACUACUUUGCAAUUUUCGGCAUCAUUUUCGUUCCCACAAUAAUUGCUUUUAUAUGGAUGAACUCGGUGAUUGCGAAGCAAUUGUGGAAAAGUCGUCGCACCGCUGCUUCUGUCAGUAAGAGACAGCAUAAAAGUUGGUGGAGACACCUCUCCUACAUCUGUUCGAGAAAAUGUAAAGACGACGAGCGGAACUUAAAGGAGUAUCAAGUCGACUCGAGGGGACGACCAAGCAACUGCCUUACUAUUUCAAAUGGAGUCGGCAUAAACACGGUCGACAACAAAAUACCGCAAACAAUCCAGCCGAGCGUAACCAGCAUUAUUCUUCCAAUGAACGUUACAAGCUCUGCGCCUCCUAAGACGAGCAACAGCAACAAUCGUGAAGCACGUCAUCUACGCAUGUUUACCGUUAUCAUAUUGUUAAUUACCGCUUUUCUCUUUCUGCGUUCACCCACCUGGAUUUUGAUGUUAAUGCGCAUAGGUGGCGUUUACACAGGUCGCUUUCCAAUAAUUUUGCAUUACUUUUUCGGCAUUCUCAACUUAACCAAUUCCAUGCUGAACCCCUUCUUUUACACCUUUCUAACGGAUGUUUUAAAAUUUGCGCAUUUUAUUAAGGUAACUUUCUGCUGCGGUUUUUGCAAUUUCCGAUUGCGUCAUCAAAGCAAACAGCAUGUCGCCACAUAUCCAACGGCAAACUCUGCUGGAUUGGGAGAGGAUGGUAGUGCUUCCCUGAUAGCGUCGACAUCCACGUGCUGUGGCAGCUUUUGGAUAAAUAAAACGGACGCGCUUACUCGGAGUUUGUGCUGCAAACCUGCUGCGCGCAAAAAUAGCGGUGUUACCAAGCUUCAAAUUCAACCGUUAGAUGAUAAACUGAAAGGCGACAGCGAAUCGCAUGGCAAUGAGCGGGACGAAGGUGUCGAUUGCAGCGAUGCAAGCUGUUACAGCAAAGAUGAGAACGAAACUGUGAAUUCGGCUCAAUAAACCGCUAUAUACCUGUGGAACCAAUUCAAUAUAUGUACAAAAUAUUUGAAA